AGAAUAGCGAUGACAAUCUCAGCAGCAACAGGAGUGGCAUGAGGAGGAGGAGGAGACAGAGAAAUUCGGGCACAUGAUGAGGAUGAGAGUGACUCAACAUUCAGGUGCGGCGCCCUCAGAUGGGCGGAUCUGAUCUCUGCGGCCGCUGGGACUGUCCGAACUUCCCCUAACACUGGAUUCCCGGAUCCCGGUACUGCCUGCAGGACUAACCCGACACUAACCCGACACUAACCGACCACCCAAGUAGGAACUUGUGCCAAGUCUUCCGUAUUCUCCCCAACACGGAAUAUGCGGUUUAAAGUGUUUUCGGAUUAGGGUUUAAAGGGGACCGACAGGGACUUCUCACUUCCGGCUUGAACCUGCAUUCCUACGGUGUCUUGGAGUAAUCUUUGAAGGCGAGGGAAGCUACCAGCCCAUGCAUGCAUUGAUUAAACAGGCAGAAUGGAAUUGUUGUGACCGAGAUGCAAUCUACAUAUCUGGGAAAUCAGGAUUUGGAGACAAAACAACUUGGAUAUCAAACAAAUCGCACCUUUUUUUCUGGGUAAUUUGGUUCCUGACGCACUCAUAUCUCGGCAUUUGAGCACCAUCAGCGAUUAAAGAACUGCUCACUUUGUAAUCUGAGUCAUUUGAUACUUAACCACAACAAUGUGGUAAUGUGUUUGCACUUGAAGGCGAGGCGCAGAAAAGUAAAUUUCACAUAGAUUUUAAGCAAUGGAAAUAUUACUUGAAAUUAAAAGAGUGUUUUAAGAUGAACUAAGAAUACCGCACGGAGAGUGCAAGCGUGUUACGGGCAAUGCAGGAUCACUAAUUCAUAAAUGGGAAUGAACUGAAAUCAAACUGAUGCAUCAUUUCAUGUUUGAAUUUUGAGGAAAACUGAAAAGACGAUCACAACAUGCUUGUAGAAAUUCACCCAAAACUAUCUACCCUAAACCUCCUGGCACUUUAAGACACGGGAAAGGGAUAUAAAGGACUUGAAAGCUGUUGAACUUGUUUCAUGAGGACACAUUUUGAACAGAAGAAUGGCGGGAAAAGACUACCAUCAUCUCUUCAAGCUGCUCAUCAUUGGUGACUCCAAUGUAGGGAAAAGCAGUUUGCUCCUUCGAUUCGCAGACAACUCAUUCUCUGGAAGUUACAUAACCACUAUUGGAGUUGACUUUAAGAUCCGCACAGUGGAGAUUGACGGAGAAAGAGUUAAACUCCAGAUCUGGGACACUGCAGGGCAGGAAAGGUUCAGAACCAUCACCUCGACGUAUUACAGAAACACUCAUGGUGUAAUCAUUGUUUACGAUGUCACAAACCCUGAAUCGUUUGUCAACGUGAAAAGAUGGUUAAACGAAAUCUCACAGAACUGUGACAACGUCUGCAAAAUUUUAGUGGGAAACAAGAAUGAUGAUCCUUCUAAAAAACUGGUAGACACCCAAGAUGCUCAGCGCUUUGGAGAGACGGUUGGUGUGAGGUUGUUUGAGACGAGCGCUAAAGAGAAUAUCAACGUAGAAGAGAUGUUCAUGGCUUUCACCCACAUGGUCCUUCGGGCCAAGAAACAGAGCCAGAGUCGAGCAGAAAGAGAGAGAGAGAGAGAAAAGGAUACUGUCCAUAUUAAUUCCCACAGGGAUAGAGAGAGGAGGAAGAAAGGGAAGAAAUGCUGUUAGAAGCAGAGGUGUUGGAAGAUAUGGAAAGGAGGACAAAUCGAACACCUUUGCAAAUUGAACACCUUUGCAUCAACUUCGCUCAGAAAUGUGACUUUUUUUAUGUUAACACUGCGCUUAGAUGAAGCCAAGAGGAAUAAAAAUAAUUCACUAUUAUGUGCCGAACAUCAGCGUUUGUUUACACAGAUGUUUAUCAAUGUAAUGUUUUGUUUUUUUGUUUGUUUGUUUGCUUUUUACAAAAUGGGAAUUGACUGGCAUGUUUUUACACUGGUAUCAAAAGCCUGGUCCAGGAAAGACACUAUUCACAAAAUGUCUAAUGUGUUCCACUAUCAUUAGUGAGAGAUGUUUCGUGUUGAAUUAAAAUUGACCUGGUAUAUGUCAUUAAUGUAUGCAAAUAAUAAAUUAGCAAUAAAUCUGAUUUUAAAAACCACAAA